AUGAUCAACACCAACACGCGAGAACUCAAAGCCGCCAAGAAGCUUGGCUAUGAUAUCAAGAAACAAGUGAACCAAUGCCACAAGCUGCUGGAACUCGACCUCGACGGUGUCUUCAGGCGCAUGCUGCUGCUCAAGAAAAAGAAAUACGCGGCGUUGACGAUCAACCUCGACACGGAGGCCGAAAAGAAGGAGCUGAAGGGGCUGGAUAUCGUCCGAAGGGACUGGGCCGAUAUCGCCAAAAAGGAGGGAACAAAAAUCGUCGACCUGAUCCUGGACCCACAAUUGGAGAGAGAAGAGCUCGUGGCGGCCAUUCGAGAUUCACUGGCUCUGCUCAGGGCCCGAAUUGAAGCCGGUGAAGUGAAACAGGAAGAUUACGAGAUUUUGAAGCAAUUGAAACGCGAUCCCGAGCAGUACGGCGACGUCAAAUCGCAGCCACACGUCUCGGUGGCCCUUCGCCUGAAUUCGACCGGUCGUUUCCGGAUGAAGAGGGACGAUAUUGUCAAGUAUAUCAUUUGCGAGGAUGGGACUGCCAAUUCGGCCAUUCAACGAGCAUACCAUUCUUCGGAGCUUGACGCCAAUCCGGCGCUCAAGAUUGAUAUCCAAUACUAUCUUGCCAAUCAACUGCACCCCGUCAUCUCACGUCUUUGUGAGCCGAUCGAAGAAGCCGAUCCAGCGACGAUUGCGCAGGCGUUGGGCCUCGACCCGCAACAAUUCAAGCGUUCCGGCCACUCGAAUCAACAUGCACACGUGGUCGAGGAGACGUUCGACAACUGUGAACCCUUCAAGAUUGUAUGUCCACAUGCUGAAUGUGGAUUUGAGAACGAGAUCACCUCGCUGGUUAGGACAGAGAAGGGCCAAUGGCGUCUGUCGAUCGAGUCAUGCCAAAAGUGUGCCCGAUCGCUGUCAUUCAGCCCCGACUACAUCACCAAGGCAUUCGAGGAACAGCUCGACGCUUUUGAGAAGCUCUACAAUGCCGCCAAGUACAAGUGCGAUGUGUGCGAGACGGAAGGCGAAGACCUAAAGCCGAUGGGUGAUGGGACAAUUCUGUGCCCGAAUCUCGACUGUAACGAUGGCACGAUGAGGAGAAUGUAUACUCCGGCUCAACUCUACCGUCAGCAACGCUUCUUCCGCCAAAUGGUCGACCGUGACGGGGCCAAGACGCGACUCACCGCUGCGCAGAAUGGUUGCAUCACGGCCUCGUCGCUGCAGACAUUGAUCGACGACAUGUUCAGGAUGCUACCG